AUGAGUAAACUUACUCAUUUCGAACUUGUUGAAUUAUUAGAUGGAAAUAUUUCCGAACUAAGUGAUUUUGAAAGUGAUAGUGAUGAAGAGAUUGACGAGCUACUAGCUAAUUUUGAUGAAAAUGAAAACUUUGAAUUGCCCGACUUUAUUGAAUUUGAAAAUAUAAAUGAUAUUCCGGAAGUUGAUGUCCCCGGAUGGUUUACAGUUGAAAAGAAAAAUAUGACGUGGCUACAAAACCUUUAG